UAUAUGUUACCUCUGGGCGAUAUUAUUCGUAAACAUUGUAUUAGUUUCCACUGUUAUGCUGAUGACACACAGUUGUAUGUCUCUGCAAAACCUGAUGAGAGACACCAGCUUAAUAAAAUUGAGGAAUGUGUUAAGGACAUUAGACACUGGAUGCUUAUAAAUUUCCUUCUGCUUAACUCUGACAAGACUGAAGUACUUGUGCUAGGACCACAUACAGCUAGAAGUAAGUUUUCUGAUUACACAGUAACUCUGGAUGGCCUUUCUGUUUCUUCACGUGCAGCAGUAAAAGACCUCGGAGUGAUUAUUGACCCCAGUCUUUCAUUCGAAACUCACAUUGAUAACAUUACCCGGAUAGCUUUCUUUCAUCUCAGAAAUAUUGCAAAGAUAAGAAAUUUAAUGUCAUUGCAUGAUGCAGAAAAACUAGUCCAUGCUUUCGUUACCUCCAGGUUGGAUUAUUGUAAUGCCUUACUGUCUGGAUGUUCCAAUAAGUGCAUAAACAAGCUCCAGUUAGUUCAAAAUGCCGCAGCAAGAGUCCUUACUAGAACUAGAAAAUAUGACCACAUCACGCCUGUCUUAUCCACACUGCAUUGGCUCCCAAUCAAAUUUCGUAUUGAUUAUAAAAUACUACUAUUGACCUUUAAAGCACUAAAUGGUCUCGCACCACAGUACCUGAGUGAACUUCUGCUCCUCUAUGACCCGCCACGCCUACUUAGAUCAAAAGGUGCAGGCUAUCUGCUGGUACCUCGUAUAGUGAAGGCUACAUCAGGGGGCAGAGCCUUUUCUUACAAAGCCCCACUGUUAUGGAACAGCCUUCCAAGUAAUGUUCGGGAAUCAGACACAGUCUCAGCAUUUAAGUCUAGGCUGAAUACAUAUCUGUUUAGUCAAAAGGAACAAAGUGCCAUGGAGGAGUACAUUCAGGAGGCCCUCAAGCAAGGUUAUAUCCACCUUUCCAAGUCUCCUGCAUCAGCCGGUUUCUUUUUCAUGGAGAAACGAGGGGUGGACUCAGGCCUUGCAUUGAUUACAGAGGUCUUAACCAGGUUCUACUUACCAUUUUCCUUACAGAUCAGCACACCUGGAUCCAGUUUUCCACUUAUCUCCGUUUACCCAGCAACCAGUCCCCUUCCAAUUGCCAGCACUAUUUAA